UUAUGUGGGAGGUUACUGUAAACUAAAUGCGCCACAUACAAAAUUUUUCUUGUUGCAUCGGAUAAUCUUGGUUGUUUCAACUUUGAACUUGAAAUGCAGCAAACAUCUCCUUUCCCUUCCUUCUACAAAAUUAAAUCCAGUGAAAAUUAAAGAUUUUUUACAGUAUCAGAAACCUGCUCUGCCAGUUAGCUUAUAAACACACUUGGUUUCACAGCUGUUGUGCAAUAACAUGGCGGCAGCAUCGACCAUUUCGGACACGCGAAACCCUGAAGAGCUGACCUGCAGCAUCUGCCUGGAGCUGUUCACCAGGCCCAAGGUGCUGCCCUGUAUACACACCUUCUGUCAGGACUGUCUACAGCACCAUGCAGACGGGAAAGACGCUUUCCAGUGCCCGAUCUGUCGUCUGGUCGUCCCCUGUCCUCAAGGGGUCACGGUUUUGCCCGACAACUUCAAAGCAGGAAGAAAGUGUGAGACAUUAAAACAGAAAGCCUUGAUCACCGAAGGGAGGGACAUCAUGGAGAGUAACAUCAGUUUUGUUAGAGGUCUGAGGGAAGAAGAGAUAAGGCUGAACGAACAGAAACAGCAGAGAGACAACAGCAUCAUUCAGGCUUACAACCAAAUGGUGCAGAAACUUGCAGAGAGAAGAGACCAUCUCUUGUCUGAAUCACAACAAAAUCACAGGGAAAACUUGGAGAGAAUACAGCAAGAGAGGGACAGAGUGUUGGCAGAUGUGAAUGGGCUGUCUACAGCCUGUGAUCGAGCAGAACAAGAAAUGGAGCAAGAAAAUGCUGGUAAAAAUCCCUUUUUUGCAGCAGUGGUAGAAAUGUUCAGAUUAAGAGCUGCGCAAACUCCUGUACAAACCCAGCCUGCUGUUUUUCAGCCCACAGACACUAACGUACCAGUAUUAGGACAUGUGACAGUCCCUCCUCUCCCAUCUACAGCAAAACAAGCAGCGGGUACAUUGGACAGAGGGGCAUCAGGAGCCGGACAGUUCAAAGAUCCGAGCGGUGUCGCAGUGUCAGAGGAAGGGGAGAUCUUUGUGGCAGACUACAGAAACCAGAGAAUGAAAGUCUUCUCCCUACAGGGAACGUAUGUCCGCCAGCUUCUACUGUUUGGGCCGGGUGGACAGAAGAUGUACCCGCACGAUGUGGCCAUGGACGGGGAAGGGAACCUGUGGGUGGUGGGGAACACAGAGUCUGCUGAGUUUGCUGUGCAGUACACCAAGCAGGGCAGGGUGCUGAGGAAGUUUGACCUACAGAAGACAGGGUGGUACAGAGGAGUUGCCGUGGACACCAGGAAGACCCACAUCCUCAUCACAAAGACCAAAGAGGGUCUGUUCAACAAACAUGGCGAGGUACAGGUGUUCAAGCCAGAUGGGAGACUGGUGCAAACUAUUGGUCGGAAGCAGGGGAUGAAGAACCCAUGGUACAUCGCUGUGAACAGGGAAGCGAGGAAAAUUUUGGUGUCGGACUGGGGGAAUAACUGUGUCUUUGUGUACAACAAGGACGGACAGUUUCUGUUCCAGUUUGGAUGCUGGAAUAGCGGUGAAGGCAAGCUGUACCAUCCCUGUGGCAUCUGUACAGACAGGGUAGGCAACAUCAUCGUGGCCAAUGGUAAGGGUGGAGCGUUGGAGCUGUUUGACAAGACAGGCAGAUUCCUGAAACACAUCACUACAGACAUACAGGCACCACAGGCCAUCGCUAUGGGGCCACAGGGGCAGCUGGUGGUGGCUGACUGGGCACGGGGAACCGUCGUCAUCUUUCGUGCCAACUAUAACUACCAGUGAUCCAAAUCAGACUUUGGUAGGAUGAGGCGGUAUUUAACGGAGAAAUUGAACCAUAAUAUAAUAAUUUUCUUUUCAAAAUAUCUCAGGAUUUGUAAUAAUCCAGUUCAAUAUAUAACUAAAAACUAACUUGGAAAAAAUAUCUAGUCAUGGCGACCUUACAAAUGUUUGGAAAGUAUCAGAACAAUUUCUUCAACAUGAUACUCUCUUUUUUUUCAGAAAUAGUGACAAAUUUUCAUAACAAUCUAAUUAUUUGCAAAAGUCUCAAA